AUGGCAAUCACCUUUAUUCUAAUUACUUUCCUACCAUCACCAUGCUGUCAGCUGCUCUGCAGUUACCCCCACUACACACAACUUGUCACUUUUCCCCCUGCGGUGGUGCAGACUGUCACAAUGAGCCUCCGAACUGCCUUCUUCACUCUCUCACUCUCUUGUUUUUGUUUGCUCUCUUCGUCCCCCUCCUCACAUCCACAAUCGGCUAAGAAAUCAGGCUGCUUCAAAGUCAACAACUGUAAAUGCAUCAUGAAAGAUGGCAGCGGUGUGAUUAACCUGAAAGCUAUGGGAGAUGCAGACGGUUUCCUGGGGCGUUUGAGACCUGUGUCCACAGAGAACCUGCCAGCCGAUGUGGAGCUCCUCCUGUCCUUCAGUCCCUGCCAACCUUUUUCUCAGCCAGAGGAGCUGACAGGAGCCGACUGCACCAACGUUGCUGCAUGCCUCGUUGCCAGGUAAAGAGGACGAAACCUGGAGCUAAAAUGUAUAUGAUAUAACUGGGUUGUUGUACUGUUAUGUUGUGUUUUUUCAGCUUUUUAAUCCAAAAUGAGUUUCUAUCAGUCAGACAUUUUUGUUUUGUUUUCAGGCAGGGCCCAAAAAGAGUUCCUAUGUCGUGUAGAAUAUUGAUAAAACAAAGAAUUUGAUGGUUGAGACCUAAUAUGUAAAACCUAUACAUAAUCGAGAAUAGUGUAAAGAUGACAUAUAUGUUGGAACUAAAAAAUUUUACUUUUUUAUAAGAUAUACAUCCACAUUUUGAAUUUCAUACCAGCAACAUGCAUCACAGGAGCAGGUUUACCAUUGUUCUGUGACUGAUUGGGAACCAAGGAGACCAGUUUCUGGGGUUGUAAAGUAAACUUUUGUCCCAGUCUUGAUUUAGGAUUUCAGCUGCUCAACAGUUAGCGCUUUCCUCCAUCAGGUUUCUUUGUGUCGCAAUACACCACUAGUUUUUAAUGGGUGACAAGUUGGGACUUUGGGGAGGCCAGUUUGACACCUGGACUCUUCUACGCUGCUGUUCUUGAUUGCUGUUGUUAGACGCAGAGUUUUGUUGUGCUUAAAUAUGAAAGUUCCUCCCUGAGAAAGGCACAGAUGGACAGACUGGCAGUUUCAAAUUACCUUUCAAGUUGGAAGAUGUUCCCUCUGGUGGUUCUCAUAGUAUUACAUAACUUUUCAAAUAUUUUCUCAUCCCUGUCCCAACUUUUUUUUUUAAUCGUUUUUGCAUGAAACCUAAAAUUGACAUAAUUUUCAAAAACAAACACAUAUUUCAACUUCAGUUUUGCAUGAUACUGAAGGAAAUGAUUUCAAGUAUUUGCAAAUCAUCACAAUCCAACAAGUUUGUAAUUAAGUUUGUACCUUUUGAUGCCUCUAUUGUUCCCUUGAGCAUUCAUAAACCUGCUUUUGUUUACUAAUGAUUACUUUUAUUGCUGAUUUGUAUGUUUUACUGGUCUUAAAAUUAGGAAGAAAACCUCUGUUUUUGUCAUAUGAUAUUUCACCCUAUGAAAAGGUAUCACAAGCUCAACAGAUUUAUUAGCCGCUACUUCAGCUAUGGAAGACACGAGGGGAAUGAAUUCCACUACAACGACACCCUAAGGACACUGUCUGUCUCCUACUUUUGUGAGUGAUAGACCAAAUAUUGUGUAUAUAUCAAGUCACUGCUUUUUCUUCUGUGUUGUGUGAUGAACUAAGAGUGCGUCUUCUUCUGUCCAGCUCAUGAGCAGCAGCCACUCACAGUGGUGCAUUACCACUGCAACCCAAAUCAGUCUACGUCCUACAUCCAGGACCUGAUUCUGAGCACAGAGGAGCCCCUGCAGAUCUGGGUGGAGAGUCCUUGUGCAUGUCCGAAUGCCUGUGCCAUGGGAGAUCUGGGUCUGGGCACUAUUUUCCUCAUAAUCCUCUCCAUCAGUGCUGCUGCAUACUUUAUCCUCGGUAUUCCUCUUUGUGAUAUUUCAACAGUAUAAUGAUGUUGUAGAUAAAAAUACAAAAUAGAAGAACUUGACUGAAAUGUAUGUCGAUCUACAGAAUCUAAUGUUUGAUAUCAUAGACUGUAAAUAGAAAGGACUGCUUCUGUCUCCUCACUGGGUCAAGCCUCUGUGAGAACAGCACCCCCUGGUGACGGGCUACAGUAUAGGUCAUAAAUCCCACCCCUUAUAGAAAACUUAAAGGUGGGGUAGGCAGGAAUCCAUUAAAGAAGCAAUUUUUUUUUUGUGGUGUAUAUGGGGUCAUCAGUCUCACUUUCAACCUGUCUUAUUAAGAGCAAAAAAACUUUCAAAUGAGACGCAAAUAAAGCAUGAUGAAUUCUUUUUGUUUAUUUUGUCUCAUUACAGUAAAACAGAGAUAUGGCAGUUUAUCUUUUACACAGUGCAUGUGUGAAUACAGCUUUGCAUUUGAUCUUAUGAUGAGUGAAACAAAGACAUCUGUCCUCCACUGUGUUCACAGGCUCCUGCGCUCUGAGGCCUUUUCGAAGCAGCAGUGGAGUCCAGAUCUCUCCGGAGCACAGUGUGUGGUGUAUGGUCUGCUACCUCUGUACCGAGAGACGGCCAGCGAGGAGACACUAUGCAGACAUGACACACUGUGAAGGAUAA